AUGGCAAAAAGCUGGUCUUUCUUGGAUGCUUUUGAGUCUAACUUCAGGCCUCUGGUAGUAAUUGAGCUUGCAAAAGGCACCAAAGAGGAAACCAUAGAAUGGUUCACUAAACGAAUUGUGGACAAAAAAGCACAUGGAGGUGCACAACUGUUGGUUAAACCAUUGGUCACGGAAAAUGGAGCUGAAAAUAUUUAUCUGGUUGGAGCCUCCCACUUAAGGCUAUUGCUGGGAGCUGAAACUGUGGGUUUAGUGAAGGAAUGUAAUGAUAACUCAAUGAGAGCUUUUACAUACAGCAGUAGAAAAACUUUCAAAAAUUUUGCAGAUGACAAUCACAAUUUCCUUACGAUGUCAGAAUGUCAGUAUAUCAUCAAACAUGAACUUGAAAAUCUGAGAGCUAAAGAUGAAAAAAUGAUCCCUGGGUAUCCUCAGGCAAAGCUAUAUCCAGGAAAAUCAAUUGUGAGAAGAUUAUUGACUAGUGGUAUUCUAGUUCAGAUUUUCCCACUGCAUGAUAGAGAAGAAUUGAAGAAGCUGCGUCACACCUGGUAUGGCCGAGUGAGAGUGGGCUACCAACCUUUAGAUGAGAUACGCUGCUACUUUGGCGAAACCAUUGCUCUGUACUUUGGCUUCUUAGAGUACUUCACGUUUGCUUUGAUCCCAAUGGCUGUCAUUGGGAUUCCUUACUAUGUGUUUGCAUGGGAAGACUAUGACAAAUACGUCAUGUUUGCCACGUUCAAUCUGCUCUGGUCCACUGUGAUACUGGAAGUUUGGAAGCGGAUUUGUGCCAUCAUGACAUACCGUUGGGGGACGCUGUUGAUGAAACGACAGUUUGAAGAACCGAGACCAGGCUUCCAUGGUGUCUUGGGUAUCAAUCCUGUAACGGGAAGGGAGGAACCGGUGUACUCCAGCAUUAAGAGACAGAUGCGGAUUUAUCUGGUGUCCUUACCAUUUGUGUGCCUUUGCCUCUACUUCUCACUGUACGUGAUGAUGAUUUACUUUGACUUGGAGCAGUGGGCUCUGGAUUAUCAUGAAGAGAAGGGGUCGAACUUAAGCAGCUUGGUUCUGUUUGUGCCCAGUAUCAUAUACGCUGUUGUGAUCGAAAUUAUGAACCGUAUCUAUCGGUGUGCUGCUGAAUUCUUAACAUCAUGGGAAAAUCACAGGCUGGAAUCUUCGUAUCAGAAUCACUUAAUUCUGAAGGUUUUAGUGUUCAACUUCUUAAAUUGUUUUGCAUCUCUCUUCUACAUUGCCUUUGUGCUGUUUGAUAUGAAGUUGUUGAGGCAGAGCUUGGCUACUUUGCUGAUAACUUCGCAGAUCCUUAAUCAGUUUGCAGAAUCCUUGCUUCCUUACUGGCUCCAAAGGAGACAUAAGAAGAGGAUGAAGAAACAGAUGUCUUCUCUGAAAACGGAUAUGGACCUGUCAUUAGUUGAACAAGUCAACCUGGAGAAAGAAAUGGGCACCUAUUUUGGUACAUUUGAUGAUUACCUGGAGUUGUUCUUACAGUUUGGCUAUGUGAGUCUUUUCUCAAGUGUUUAUCCCCUGGCAGCUGUUUUUGCAGUGUUAAACAACAUCACAGAGAUAUAUUCUGAUGCCUUAAAGAUGUGUGGAGUUUACAAGCGUCCGUUUGCAGAACCCACAGCAAAUAUUGGUGUUUGGCAGCUGGCUUUUGAAACUAUGAGUGUAAUAUCAGUGGUUACGAAUUGCAUCCUGAUUGGAAUGUCUCCACAAGUGAAUGCCCUUUUCCCAGACUCCAAAACGGACCUUAUUCUGACUGUAGCAUUCGUAGAGUAUGAUGAUUAUGUGGCAACAUUUGACAUCACUCAGUACAGACAUAAUGAAUGA